ACUUGACUCGAGUUGGUGAGCUGCAAAUCAAACCUUUGGAAAGCGAUCUCUUGGAAGAUUGAACUACUGAAGAAGAAAAAAAACCUACUGGAAAAACCGGAUUCUGCUUAAAAGCAAAACGACUGGAGAACUUCACUGCUGAGGAAAACUUGAAGUCUGGACAUGGCCUUCAGAAGACCACAGAUCCCUGAGGAGGACCCAGGAGUCAUCUAUGUGUCGGACGACGACGAUGCAGGUGAUGUGAACUACAUCGUUGAGGAUCCAGUAGAUGACGUCCCUGAAGUGAUCAGGAUUUUGGACAGCGACGACGAAGAUGUCAAUCGCCCAGACCUGUCAUCCAGUGAGGAAGGUGAGUCCGAAAGCGACGAGGAGGAUGAAGAGGAGUUGUCUGAAGAGGAGUCAUCUGAAGAAGAGGUGUCAUCUUUUGAAGAGGAAUGGUCAGAUGAUGAGAGCCCUGAUUCAGGCUAUAGCACCAUGACUGACGAGGAAGACUUUGAGAGCUCCAGAGACUCCGACGACCUCCGGCCUGUCCUCCCAGACUGGCUCCAACCCCAUCCUGCUGCUCGACAGGCACCUGUUCAGCACCAGAGGCUUCCCGAAGAGCAAGUGGAACAACCUGGAGGAGGUCUGCUCCCCGUUUCUCCAAGGCUGGAGGACCCCGCUCCCUCAUCCUCAGGCGUCAGCACCUCCACCUCCACCUCCAAGAGGAGCAGAGAGAGCGACGCAGAGGAGGUAAGUAUGAAGAGACAGAGGAGGGAUGAUGAAGACAACCCUGAGGAGCCCGCUCCUUCCACGUCAGGCCUCAGGUACUUUCCGAACAGGGUCGGUGAAGUGGACAGCAGGGACACAGGUCUUUCAUUCCAGCGAUUCCUCACCAGCAGGAGUUGGACUGUUACUCCUUUUGGAGUCCCAGGACCCAUCUUCAUUCCACUGUGUGAUGACAGCGACUCCGAUUAGGAAAGCUCUUUCCUUUUGGCCCCAGGCCUUUGCAUCUAGCAAGGCUGUCAAAGCCCUUGGUAGCGUCUUGCUCCGGGACUUAUUUGUAAAUCUCUUGUGGCUAGAUUGUCUCUUUGUCAUCUGGAGGGCUGGGAAAGCUGCAUUAGCUUUCCUAUGAAUCUAGCUUUUUAUAUUCACUUUUCUUCUUGAUAAGAAUUCUCUUCAACAGGUAAGACACUUGAAUUCAUUCACAUAACAUUUUAAUCCAAAGCACUUUAAAUGUGCCUUUCAUUCACCCAUUCACACACACACUCUCACACCAUAGCAGCAAGCUACCAUGUAAGACACUGGCCUAAACAUUGGGAGCAAUUUUGGGUCCAGUGUCUUGCCUAAACACACUUCAACAUGUGAACAGGAGCAACUAAAUCCACCCUGGCUCUAUCAGGCAACCUAACCCACAAAUCUCUGGACAUCUUUGGACUCAGACCCUGCAAAAACCCACACAAAGCAGAGAAUGGAAGACAAGGAGCCAAAGAUAAAAAAACAACAACAAAAACUAAAACAACAAAUAAAAAACCCCAAAGCAAAAACAAAGCAAAACAAUCAACAACAACAAAAACUGCAGGUAAUGUAUGAAAUGCUCAUGAUAUGAUGUGUCUGAAAAGGUAAGUAUGACAACAUUUACUACUAUAGCUUGUUAUAUUAAGACAUGUAUAACUGUGUAAACUAGGUUAGACACAAUAUACCUGUUUACUAUGUAACAUCAUAGAUGCCCAUACACAGGUAAGUUUAUUAUCAUUCUUAACAACAUUAACAAAGAAAAUUUAAAUUGUAUUUAACAGCUCAGAAAUCAUUUCUCUUACUCACUCUGUUAUACUUGUGUUUUUUCUUUAGAAGGUUUAGAUGCUUUACCAGACAAAGAUUGCACCUCUGACAGAACAGAGCUGACGUGUUUGCUCCAGACCAGAAGAGAAGGAUGGAUGACCACAGGACAAACUGGAGAGCGGUGGAGCCUGUUUUUCACUCAGCUAAGACUCGUUCUGUGUCUUGAGAACUCCUGGAGUGAGAACGGUGAUGACCUCCCUGCCCCUCUGCCCCAACACCACCCUCUUCAGUUACCAGCCAGAAGGAUGAGGACCGUCCCGACUCGACCUGCACAGAAGAGGUUUUCAUUAUGUGCUUCUUCUGUGCUGGUGGGUUUGGGAAGCUCCUCACACACACACACACACAGAGAGGAAGCUUUC